AUGACUUUUUCUAUAACUGAUGCUCUUCCUACACCUCUUGGUGAUGCAACUGUGGGCAGUGGUGCCACGAGAAAGAACAUAAAUUUGACUGAUGAGGAGAUUGUGGCGAAAAUAAGAUCUAUGGUGAGCAUCGGUGACCCUAAAACAAAAUAUACAAGAUAUAAAAAAAUUGGACAAGGGUUUUCUGGUACGGUUUUUAUUGCUAUUGAUGUGGCUCUGGGGCAAAAGGUUGCGAUUAAGCAAAUUGAUUUAAAGAAACACCCACAGAAGGAACUGAUCCUUAAUGAACUUUUGGUGAUGAAAAAACUAAAGAAUCCCAAUAUAAUUCACUUCUUGGACAGUUACCUGGUCGGAGAUGACUUGUUUGUAGUGACCGAGAACCUUGACUGUGGACCACUCACUGAUGUUGUAACCGAAACCUGCAUGGAUGAGGCGCAGAUUGCUGCUGUGUGCAGAGAGUGCUUACAGGCAUUGGAGUUUUUACAUGCCAAUUAUGUGAUUCACCGAGACAUAAAAAGCGACAAUGUACUUUUGGGGAUGGAAGGAUCCGUCAAACUUACCAACUUUGGGUUUUGUGCUCAUCUCACCUCUGAGCAGAAUACAUGCACUGGCAUGCGUGGAACACCCUACUGGAUGGCACCAGAAAUGGUUAUGGGGAAAGCUUAUGGCCCUAAAAUCGACAUCUGGUCGCUAGGGAUCAUGGCCAUUGAGAUGCUGGAAGGAGAGCCUCCCUACAUGAAAGAAGAUCCCACACAGGCCUUACACCUCAUUGCCACCAAUGGAGCGCCAGGACUUUCGAACCCAGAAAAAAUUUCCCCGGCAUUCCUGGACUUCUUGAAUAAAUGUCUUGAAGUGGAUGUGGACAAGAGAGGUUCAGCCAGGGAAUUACUAGAGCACCCAUUCCUGAAUAUGGCGAAACCACUCACAAGUUUAACGCCACACAUCUUGGCGGCCAAGGAGGUUCUCCAGAAAAACUACUGA